AUGGCAUCCACAAAGCCGCUCACAAUGCUUUGCCGGCCAUCCGCGCAGCUCCUCCUCCGCACCUCGCGCACCUCUGCUGCCUCGCCCUGGAUCCAAGCCGCCGCGGCCUUCUCAACCGCCCCAGCCCGCUACGCUACCCCCACCGGCCCUCCGCCGUCAAAAUUCAGACUCGCGCGCCCAGAGCGAUGGAAUGAGAGCAAGACCUCAGCCCUUGACCAGGCGGGUCAGUUCUUCCUGCUCACUGAGAUGGCGCGAGGCAUGUAUGUGGUGCUGGAGCAGUUUUUCAGACCGCCAUAUACGAUUUACUACCCUUUCGAGAAGGGACCGAUCUCGCCGAGGUUCCGUGGAGAACACGCCCUGAGACGUUACCCUAGUGGUGAGGAGAGAUGUAUUGCAUGCAAGCUGUGCGAAGCUAUCUGCCCCGCCCAAGCCAUCACCAUCGAAGCCGAGGAGCGUGAGGAUGGCUCCCGCCGGACGACCCGCUACGACAUCGACAUGACGAAGUGCAUCUACUGCGGCUUCUGCCAGGAGUCGUGCCCCGUCGACGCCAUUGUCGAGUCGCCGAACGCCGAGUAUGCCACCGAGACGAGGGAGGAGCUGCUGUACAACAAGGAGAAGCUGUUGGCGAAUGGAGAUAAGUGGGAGACCGAGAUGGCGGCUGCGGCACGGGCGGAUGCACCUUACAGAUAAACGGAAAAGAAAAAGAAGAAAUUUGGAGCGAAUUGGGUGCGGAGGAGGGAGAUUGCUUGUAUAUAAAUGGUGGCUGUUGAGGAAGGAAUUACAUAUUGAAUGUAGUAGAGUUUCAUUUUGUUACUUGGUGAAUGGCUUCGAAUACUUUUAUCUUACUUGGCGGCAUUGAACGUGAAGACUGCCCAGUGUAGAUGCUGCAGGCCCG